GUUUUGGCUUUUCCCAUUGCCUCAGAGUCUAUAGCUGAAAGUUCAUCGCCUUUCCCUUUCUUCUAUUCAAUAAAAAACUCUGCCCACAUACAUUUCCUCUCCCAUUCUCAAUUUCAUCAAAACUCCACUAUUUCUGCACCUGCAAUCAAUGGGCGAUGUAGAAGACGACGACGGCAGCAAAUGGCCGCCGUGGCUGCGGCCGCUGCUCCAGAGCAGCUUCUUUGGCCAAUGCAAGGUGCACGCGGCGGCGGCGCACAAGAGCGAGUGCAACAUGUUCUGCUUGGAUUGCAUCGACGGACCGAUUUGCUCACUUUGCCUCAAUUUUCACAAGGAUCACCGCCAUAUUCAGAUACGGAGAUCGUCAUACCACGAUGUGAUUAGAGUGGGGGAGAUUCAAAAGUACCUGGACAUAGCAGGGGUUCAAACCUACAUUAUCAACAGCGCCAAAAUUGUGUUCCUGAAUCAGCGCCGCCGCCCUCAGCCUCAGCCACGCCCCGGCAAAGGCGCCGCCACCAACACCUGCUGCGUCUGCGAUCGCAGCCUCCUCGAUUCCUUCGAUUUCUGCUCCAUUGGCUGCAAGAUCGUCGGAACAUCGAAGAAUUUCGAUAAGGAGAAGAUGAGGACGGAUGAAGGUGGCGCCUCCGACUCGGACGAGUCGUUGGAGUCGGUGAACGCCGCCAGCAUCCGUAAACAAGUUGUUAGAAGCAAGGUGCAGGGAUUUACUCCGUCGACGCCGCCUCAGACCGCGGCGGCGAAGCGGCGGAAGGGCGUUCCUCGCCGAGCUCCCACCGGCGGGCUUCUACUAGGAUAUUGAAAAGGUAAUGAUGAUGGUGUUGUGGUUCCAGCAAACUGAGCUGUGGCAAUGGAAGCCGAUGCUGGAACACCAAAACUGCAUAGUGUGGUAUGUUUAUUUGCAGUGUAGUGUUGCAUUGUGAAAAAAAAAUAAAAAAGUAAAAAAUAAAAUUCGAAAAAUUAGCAUCAUAUGUUGUGUAAAAUGAAUAAAGGGCUAGAGGGAGCACAUCAUUCUAAUCCUCAAUUUGUGAUCGAAUUACCGAAAUACUAUGUGUAUAUAUCACUUAAUGUAUUAGCAUGUACUUGUAAUUCGAUAGUUCUGACAAAUGGAGCACGAUUUUGCUUCCACUAUGAACAUAUUCACACCUUGCUUUUUGAUUUUA